AUUGCUGCAAUGAUUUUGCCGGACAUUACACGGAUCUUCUGUUUAUUUUGUUUGCUUGUCAUUCUGUUGUUUCAACACUCAAAAUGUAACUAUAUGAAUCAAAUCGCCGUCCACAUAGAAGGGGGUAGUCAUAUAGCAGAUAGAAUAGCUUCAAAACAUGGAUUUAUUUAUAUGGGACAGAUUGGAGAUUUAAAAGAUCAUUAUUUAUUCUACCAUCCACACAUUAGUAAGAGAUCUGCAAGUCCAAGUCAAGCGCACUACCAGCUAUUAUCAAAAGAACCCGAGAUCCGAUGGUUUGAGCAACAAAGAGCCAGAACUCGGACGAAGAGAGAUUUCAGUGACUUUAAUGAUCGCUUAUGGAGAUCUCAGUGGUAUCUUAAUGGAGGAGCACGCCUAGGUAACAGCGGACAAUUUGAUAUGUCGGUCAAGGGGGCGUGGCAGAUGGGAUACACGGGGAAGGGAGUCGUCGUUAGUAUCCUUGAUGAUGGAAUUGAACAUACUCAUGACGAUCUGAAGGAAAACUAUGACCCAUAUGCAAGUUAUGAUGUGAAUAACCAUGAUCCUGACCCAAUACCAAGAUAUGAUCCGACCAAUGAAAACAGGCAUGGGACUCGAUGUGCAGGGGAGGUGGCAGCAAAAGCCAAUAACAACAAGUGUGUGGUAGGGGCGGCCUACAACUCCAGGAUUGGAGGUAUACGUAUGCUGGACGGUGAUGUGUCAGAUGCUGUAGAGGCUGCAUCCCUCAGCUUUAACAGAUCACACAUUGAUAUUUAUUCCUCAUCCUGGGGACCAGAUGAUGACGGUCGAGUGGUAGACGGCCCGGGUCCCCUAGCUAAAAAAGCUUUUAUUAGUGGGAUAGAACAGGGUCGAGGUGGCAAGGGAAGCAUUUUUGUAUGGGCAUCUGGUAAUGGAGGGAAUGCUUUUGACAGCUGUAAUUGUGAUGGUUACACCAAUAGUAUUUACACUAUGUCCAUCAGCAGCACCUCUGAACAUGGCCGUAAACCCUGGUACCUCGAGGAGUGCUCCUCCACACUGGCUACAACCUAUAGUAGCGGGGCCUACAAUGAAAAACAAAUUAUAUCGACAGACCUACACAACCACUGUACCAGCAGUCACACGGGUACCUCUGCCUCUGCUCCUCUAGCCGCCGGUCUGGUCGCCCUCCUAUUGGAGGCAAAUCCGACCUUGACCUGGCGGGAUGUACAGUAUAUUACCUUGCUGACCUCCAACCCUGACCCUAUGGAGGAUGGUAACUGGAUCACAAAUGCCAAGAACAGAAAAGUGAGUUUGAGGUAUGGCUAUGGUCUUAUGAAUGCAACAGCAAUGGUGGAUUAUGGACUGAGAUGGACAAAUGUUCCUCCUAAACAUAUCUGUACAGUUCUCAGUAAUGCCAUUCACGUGAACUUGAUGGGAUCUCCAUACACCAGUCAAGUCAGAACAGAUGGAUGUCGAGGCACUGCCAAUGAGGUUAACUAUCUGGAACAUGUUCAGGCAAAGAUAACCUUGACCUAUUACCGCCGCGGUAAUCUGGUCAUCCAUUUAACAUCUCCCAGUGGAACGAGAUCCACAAUUCUCCCAAAACGACCCUCAGAUAUGAACAACGGUGGAUUCGUUCAGUGGGCAUUUUUAUCGGUCCAUUUCUGGGAGGAGAAUCCCACAGGGACGUGGAAGUUGGAGAUUACUGAUGAGCAUUCAUCAACCAGCUGGCCCAGACCUCCAGCUGGGGUCAAAGGUCAGCUUUCGUCAUGGUCUCUAAUCCUUCAUGGAACAAAGGAUAAUCCAAUUCAACUGAAGCCACCAAAUCAAGGUGGAGUCGUCACAAAGCCAGGGAUGGGGAGUACAGUGACAACCCCUGUGAUACAACACACACAUACAGACAUUCCGAUUACAACCUCUGUGAAAUGUAAUAAUGAAUGUCUUGAUACCUGCGCUGGGAGUCGACCCGAAGACUGCAGAGUGUGCAAACAUUUACGUAUGGGAAAGACAGGUGCCUGUGUUCAAGAGUGUCCUCCUGGAUACAUCAAGAACCAUUAUUUGUGUCUGCCCUGUGACUCCACCUGCCCUAACUGCAGCUGUGUAAAGUCCGAUAUUCCUGUUCAGUCUUGGAAAUCCUCCCCGGAAGUAGGGACGACAGUGGCCGUUAUUCUGGCUCUUAUUGGCAUUUUUGUUGUCGUUGUUGUAUCGACCAUUACGUACAAGACCUGUAAAAAGUCUGGAGUUCCCAGAUGGUGGUCCAUAUUUUAUCAGCGAAACAAAGACUUUAACUUUAGUCACCUUCAAGAAGAUACACAACAGAUCACACCGACGAACGAAGAAAUAGGCUACAUCUAGAAAAGUGGGAGAGAAUAUUUACCAUCACAAGACAGAAAAGGACAACUCAUUCCAUGGGAAUUCAACCUAAUCACAUCAACUUAAGAUUUACUUUAGAACACAUAUUAAUUGUUGUUUUUUAAGCAAUUAGUUUGUUAGUAUUGUCAAUCAUAUUUCCAAAAAGAUAUAUUGAAAAAUUUUUGUUCACGGCAUUGAUCGGGAGGAUUGUUGUGUUUAAUUGUUUGUGAACUAGAAGAUAUAUGUACAAUGCU